AUGUCAGCAUCGAGACCGAUGCGGCCGCUGGUUGUGAUUGUCGGUCCCACUGGGUCUGGCAAGUCUCAACUUGCCGUCUCGCUUGCCAGGCAUUACAACGGUGAAAUCAUCAACGGCGAUGCACUACAAAUUUACAAAGGUCUACCGAUCACGACAAAUAAGAUAUCAGAAAGUGAGCAGGAAGGCAUUCCACAUCAUCUUCUGGGAAGCAUUGGAUUAGAAGAGGAGCCGUGGACGGUAAAGCAGUUCUUGAAGAAAGCGCAGGAUGCAAUCGAAGCCAUCAGAUUGAAAGGCAAGCUCCCAAUUGUUGUUGGUGGGACGCAAUAUUACGUUCAGUCUCUUUUGGUUCCAAAUGCAGUUGUUGAAGACAGCCAGUCGCGAUUUCUCACCCCCAGGAACAGGCCGCUAGGUGGCCUAUAUUGGAGGCUCCAACGCAAAAGAUGA